AGAAGUUGGUCUGCAAACCGUCCACCUCUUCCAUAAUUUCUCAUUCAAUGAAUCUAUUUUUCUUCAAGGUGUACGGUGAAUCUGCUGUUAAAUAGAAUGGCUUACUUCUUUUUCCUCCUUGAUGACGUGAAAACCUGGCGAUGUAGCACCACCGAAGUUCAUCUGCUUAGAUUUUGGGAGGCAGAGCCGUUUAAGCAAGCACCAGCACUGGCUGAGGAAUGUAAAGAGAGGCGGCGAGCUGACAUGCUCCUCCUGGACGUAGAGGCCUGUUCGAUUUAUGCCGAAAGCGGGGUGAGCGGGUUUGACGUGACACCGAUCAACCCCAACUACAAACUGUCCAACUCUCCUCCAUCAAUACGUUUCAGUGACUUGACCGACUUUGACGAAAUAACAGAACCGGUGAGCUCGAUUCCUCAAGAGCUCUUCCAGUUCUCCGAUUACGAACAGCUCCAACACAUCUUCCUGGUCACUCUCUCAAACUCUUCUACUCCCGCUUUACAAUCUAACUCUGUUUUAUAUUUCAAAUGCUCAUUUCUUACACCAAAUAUUAUUGGUGAAUUAACGGCCAUUAGGAGUACUGUGAAUGACUCCUCAUAAGGCAAAUAAUGUGUAAUGUCUACCAUCCGAAUCAGCAGCUUUGUCUUAAC